AUGGAGCCAGGUUUAAACCUUCAAGAUUUAAUAGAAAAAAUUUAUAAUGAUUGCAAGUAUGAUAAUGAUCUAUCUAGAAGUACAUUUUUUAAUGAAUUGAAUGAUUCCUUUGGAAAAUAUAAUGCAAUAGGAUUUUCUAUAACUCCAAAAUUUGAUAAAGUUUUGUAUCCAGAUUUAUUUAAAUACUAUCUAUUUUUAAAAUCAAUUAUUAAUGAUCUAUUUGUUCAUAAACAUAUAUGUAAAUAUUUUAAUGAAUGGUUAGACCAAAAGAAAAUUGAAUAUACAGGUAAAUAUUCUAAAUGUAAGGAAACUAAUUUAUGGGAUGACCAUAUAGAGACAAUUUUGCAGGAAAAAACAAUAACACCGUCAUACAGAACUUAUGUGUGUGAAAGGAAUUUUACCAAGAAAUUAUGCGUUUUACCAUCAACAUUAAGUAAUGAAACAUUAGAUUUAGAACCAAAAAGGGCUGAAAAUUUAUUCUAUCCACCAACGGGUGAUAGAAAUUCUUUCUUACAAGCAAGAAAUUCAAAUAUUAUACUUCCUUCAUCAAUAAGAACAAUUUUGUCAACUUGUUUAUCACUCGUAAUAACAAUUCUUUUUACAUUUUCCUUUUUCUAUAAUUUUUCUAAAAUAAAGCAAUAUUUAUAUAAUAAAUAUAAAGGAAACAGCUUAAUAAGGAAAUAUAUACAAAAUAAGUAUCUCUUAAAGAAUAAUGAUAUUUCUGCAUUAGGUUCAGAAAAUGAGAGAAUUAAUAUAAUUUAUUUAUCGGGGAAAAAUUAUUAA